CUCUCCUCCUUCUCCUCUCCCCUCGCACAUCCAACCGGUGGUGCUCUGCUCGAAAUAUGUCCCAGCCCGUCGAUGGUGGCGCCCCGCCCGAGCCCCCUGUUCGAGGAGGCCCCGAGAGCCGGCCAUCCUUGCAAAAUGCCUUCCGCAUUCGGCCCCCGCGGUCUGCCCAACUGGCGAUGGACCUGGCAGAUGGGUGCUUCCGCCAUGCAACUCGACCCGCUGGCCAAGGGCAGAUCUGCCUUGCCACGGAACAUGGCGACUCGGACCCGGCACAGUUCCACACCUGUGCCCUUCAUUCAGGCUCCUCCGGUGCGGAUGCCUUCAUCAAGCCCGAGCCUGGCAUGGCUCCACCCCCGAUGGCCGGCUUGUCGGCCGAGUCGGCCUCGGCCGAGGACCUAGCUGGCUGGGGCUUCCGGCCGAUCGGUCGUGAGUCGUUGGACUGCGUGCGCCAGCGAUUUGCCCACUUCCUGGCUUCGCGCGCGAGUCUGCGCGGGACCUACAAGUCCAUCCUCUACAAUGCCAACCGUGGCGUCCUGGCCCAAGUGGCCACCUUCGUGGACACGGCAUACGACCAUGCGGAACAGGAGCCACGGUGCUGGUCGGUCGACCCUCGGCAGCGAGCUCGAUCGGCCGGUGCCCAGCUGACGCCGGCGGCGCUGGUGUUCGGCGGAGGGGCCGGCGGAGGGGCCGGCGGCGUUGAUGAGGGUCUUUUCUUUUCACAGCUGGAGCGACGCCUCCGCCAGCGCGUGGGGACCUUCUCCGGGCACUGGGUGGUGAGCAUCGACUCGCGCGUGGUCACCUCCAACCGGUCAUUCAUCGCCCAGCUGGCGCGUGGGCUUGACAUCAAUCCCCGAGACGGUGCUCGCGGCAUCCGCCGGUGGUAUGCGCAGCUGUGGGUGGACGCCCUUCGGGCCGGGGCGUCAGCCGCGCGGGACUUCGCCACGCGAAACCUUGUCGUGGUCAUCCGAGAUCUGGAGCGCCUGGAUGGGCGCCUGAUCGCCGAUGCGCUGGAGCAACUGACCGAGGAGCCAUCCAUCCCGCAGCCGCCCCUGCCGCUGGUCUUCGUUGUUGGGGCCACCACCAGCUCCAGCCUCGGGUUCAGCACCCGGCUUGAUGGCCAGCUCUUUCGCCUGUGCGACGCGGCUCGCGUGAUGGACACCCUGGUGACGCGACUCUUUUCAAGCGCCACCGGCCCAGAGGAUGCCCCCUCGGCUGGGGGAAGCCCGGCCGAUGGGGCUUCCGAGCAGGCCGGGCUCGGCAGCAGGUCCGAUGAUCCGCUGGUCAUCCUCCGGGCCCUCUUUUCAGCGACCCCCCCGCCGGAAGCCGAGCUGAUUGGCAUGCUGCAUCGUGGCGCGGCCGAGCUCGGGCCCCUUGGUGCCUUGCGUUUGUCGCGAUCCGCCUACGAGUACCUGGUGUCGGUUUUCCAACAGCGCAACCGAAGUGUCCACUCGUUGGUCCAUUCGAUCGAGCUCGUCCUUUUGGACCACUAUGCCGGCAACCCGUUGAGCAUCUUCUGCCCGGCGCCCUUCAACUUGCACCGGCUGCCAGCCGGUCCAGCGGCCGACACGGUUCCUGGCGCCCCCGGCCCCGGCAGCGACCUGGCCUGGGUGGAUGACGCGCUGGCCCUGGCCACCGAGUACCACUGGGCCCUCAUCGCGCGGCUGCCCUCCUUUCAGCGGUUCAUUUCCUCGGCCGCCGAGGCGGGCAUCCUCCCACGGGCGACUCUGUCCGCGUCGCUGCCGGCACCGUGGGACGGCCUGUCGGGGGAACCCAUGCCACUGGCCCCCCCGGCGCGGGCUCUCCUUCGGGCCUGCCUCCGGUCCUUGCACCAGUUCCAUGUGAACUUGCCGAAUGUCGGCUUGCGUCUGUUGCGGACCAUCGAGCAGGCCAUCCUCGGCCGUGCGACCGGUGGCGAGGCUGGCACCACGGGCCUUCGGAUGCUCUUCUUCUUGUCUCUCCGUUCGGAGCUCUCGCACUUCGGGGUUGUCCGCGGGCUGAUGUCCUCCUGGGACAAACUGCCCCUAUCAACGGUGCUCGAGAUUGUCGAGGCUGCCAUCUCGCUCACUGAGGACGUCUCCGGCCUGGAGAAGCUUCGAGGUGAGCUGGAGCUCGUUCAGCAGCUCCUUCGCGACCUCACGCACGCUGUGAAGCUCGAUCGGCCUGCAAGCACCACCGACGAUACUGGCGGCCCAAAGGCGCCCGCCGUGGCUGAUGCUCAUGCCCCUGACGUGGAUCUGUCCUCUCACCAGCAGCAGCAGCAGCAACCACAGCCAGUUAACCUCCUGGCGCUGACGGCUUCCGCAGCGACGGACGUAUCUGGCGGGGCUGUGGCCACGUCGCAUUCGCGUGCCGCCGCUGUGGCGGUCUCUUCUCUCCUGGGUCAGCUCCCGGUGCACGAAAGUGCCGCUGGGGCCGCUGGCACGCAUGGGGACGAUCUCCGAGCCCUGGUCGAGGCGGCUCGUGGUGCGGUCGACGCUAUCCUCAUCUUCUGCCUGGCACACUACUCGGACAUCCCCCUCCACGAGGCGUGGUACUUCUGCAAGCCGGAUCUCCUUGAACGGGCUUUGCAUCCGGACCCCGGCCAAAGCAUCCGCCGGGCGUUGGCCUCGCCGGAGGCCUACCUUGGUCCGCUGCCAUCGGCCUCCGGGCCAACACCGCACAUCGACAAGCCCGGCCCCGGGUCCAAGCCCAGCAAGAAGUCCAGCAAGAGGUCAUCGCAGCAGCAGCAGCAGCAGCAGCAGCAGCAGCAGCGCCUGCGGCCAGAUGCCUCGGUAAUCUUCCCGCUAUACGCGCGAGGCGGCCGGCUCCUCAAUCUCUACGACCUGUUUGUGGCCUUCGUGGCGGAUGCCGCGCCGACGCCCGGGUCGGCAGGCGUUCCGGUCGGCGGGGAUCCCGCGAGCCCCACUCCCUCGGAAGAGGAGGUCCUCGAGUCGGCCAUGCGAGAUCCGGAUUUGCGCGCGCGCUUCCUGCGGACAAUCAGCGAAUUCUCGCUGAUCGGCCUGCUCCAGGAGUCGAACCGCCGUCAGGAUCACGUGCAGCGUGCAGAUGUUGGUCUGUGAGACUCAAUAUAGAAUGGUGUUUGGCCCUUGA